GAAAAGACGCUACUUUAAUUGUUCCUAUGCCUCAUCACAAUCUUGAUUAUAAAAAUCUUAGUAAUUUUACUAAAAAUGCUCCAAAAGAACAACAGAUUAAGUUUUGGCAAGAAGUAGCUAAUAAACUAUCUGAAAGUUUAGAAACCGGUACUCCUCGACCUCGAUGGUUAUCUACCCAUGGUUUAGGCGUUCCUUAUUUGCAUGUAAGGAUUGAUAAUAAACCAAAAUAUUAUUCUCAUUUAUCAUUUAAAAAAUCCCAUUUUGACAAAAAUAAUUGGGAGCAUGAUCAAUCUAAAAAUGUUCAUAGCUACAGCAAAAAGACAGCUCUUUCAUCUUAUAGGAAGGAUGACCAACAAAAUCCAACAAAAAUUGGAUCAAAAGCUGAAACUGGUCAAAAAAUAAAGUUAUGUAAACUGAAGAGAAAAUGGAAAUUUGAUAAAUUGUCGAGAAAAUGGAAUUCUAUACAAUCAAAAACUGGUCGAAAAAUGGAAUUACAUAAGUUGAAGAGAAAACGGAAAUUAGAUAAACUAACUAGAAAAUGGAAAUUAGAUAAAUUAAAAUACAAAAAAGCAA